AUGAAGUCAUCGGUGUCACAUCACGUGUUGCCCGUGACAGCUGCUCAUUCAACAGCCGAAGAAAAUGGUGCUUGGAAUGAUAAUAUUGGACAAAAUUUAUGGAAUCAACAGCAAUCAAAGGAUUCUUUAAAUGAACAUACACCAAAUCAACGUGAAUGUGAGUCACUGAGCAAUGGUGACAGCAUUGUCAACAACUCUUCAAAACGAAGUGAAUCAUUACCCAUUCAAGUUAGUUCUAAUUCCUCUUCAAAUUCCUCAAGAUCCAUGUCACAUCCUCAAAAUGUAAAUCCCAACAUGAAAAAGAAAGUCAGCUUAAAAUCUGUCAUUGACAUGAAAAAGAAUAGUUAUCUUACGACUAAAAAUGGCGAUGAAUCAUUUGUGAAUGUGUCUGAUUCAGAGCUUUCUGACGAGUUCAGUUCAACCAAUCUCUCUCCUCAAGUCCAUUCAAAUCCAUAUCGACUGAGUGUAGUCUCAUCAAAUAGUAGUUUGAGUGGAGGCUCCUCCUCGAACAACCAAACAUCAUCCUCGUCACCAAUGCAUAACAAUCAUGCUAGUAGUAGUAGUUCGCUCAUACACGCUUUAUUUCCAUCGCUUCCAAUUGAUAGAUCUAAAAUGAGUGAUGAAGAGUUCAAUAUAUACAAAGAAGUUGUCAGCAGGCCAGUAUUUGAAAAGAUUUUAAAGAGUAAACCUCUGAUAGCAAAGUGUGGAUAUAACGAAGAAUAUAUGAAAGAAUUUGCAUUUGAACUAUCAGACGAGGAGGAAUUAAAAAGGACCUAUCUCACAACCGAUUGGGUCGAGACAGCAAAAUUACUGAAACGAACCAGAAGUGUCGAAGAUGGAUCGAUACCAUCCUCUGUUCUGCAACAUGCAGCUACAAAUGACGAAAUGAAUCAAUCAAACGCUCCUACCUCCACAUCAGAUCCAACAUCUCCUUCCUCUGCUGCUGACAAUAACGAAGACGCUUCAUCAAAAGAAGUGACCACUGUUCCUACCAAAAGUGUAUUAGAUCAACCACAUUUAUUGGGAUUAUUACCAAAAAGAGAUUCCAUCUCAUCAUUAGAGGAAGCUCUUGAAAAAAUGGUUUCCGACAAGGAAGCCAAUACUGAUCUCCUAAAGCAAGAGCUUAAAAUUAAGCUGAUUAUCACUGAAAUUGCAAGUAACUCUUCACAAAAAACACUACGGCAAUUCCUAUCACCUGUUCUUCACAAGAUGAAUGUACUGCCUGAGAUUGGAUGGUUUCACUCUGCAAUUCUUGUUGGAAAAUGGAGAUUAGAUUUUAAUGAUAGUAGUGUGGUCAUUCCAAGAAAAUUGGUCAGUCAAGCUGCUGUUAUAACCACCGAUAUUGAAUCCAUAACAACCAUGCAAGAUUUAAACAGAGUCAUUGAUGGAAUGGCAAAAUGUAUUUGUAAAUGGAAUAGAAAUAUUGCCUACAAACAAACUGGAGGUGAUGGAGUGACAACAGGAAAUUGUCAAGAUUUUGUUGAGGAUUUACUUGAACAUAUUGGAGUGAAAAUGAACCUUUCUGGAAGCAUGAAAAAGUUUGUCAAGCGAUUACGUAGAACAGGAAAGUGCUCUCUCGUUUUUGAAAUGGAUAAAAAGUUUAGAGAACAUUUCAAAAUGGAAACGAAGCGAGUGAAAUUCAAAUCUCACGAACAACUAGAUUUAUUUGUGAGGAAAUUACUCGAAUCGUGUCCAACUUUUUCACAAACAUUUCCUGAUGAAUGGAUUUUGCUGCAAAGUUUUGAUCGGACCUAUUGGCUCAAACACAUGACAUAUAGUCACAUUGAUGAAUACAAACCCUGUAAAGUCAUACGAGACAACAGAGGAGUUCAAGACUGUCCAUUCCAUGAACCAGAAUUCAUUCAAAUCCUCAAAGACUAG